GAUGAGGAAACCCACCAACCAAAUCGCUAUAUACUGUGUCACGAGCCAUGAAUGAAAAUCUAACCAAAAUUCUAGUGCAAUGGGAGGCCACGAUCCGAAAUGAACUUAAUACGAUUUGCAGAGAAAUUCGUGUCUAUUGUUGGACACUGGUUGGCACUAUUCGAUUAGUGCUGAAGAACGCGGGAGAAAAUUGCAGGAAAAUGGGCGCGAUUUGAAAAGAAAUGGGCACAAUUUUCACAGUUAUCACUAGGGCACACUACCCUUUCAGGCUAGAACUGCGAAAUGUAGGGUAGUUGGCUAGGGCACGCAAAUUGUUGCAGGCCAUAGCAGGGCAAAUGCUAUGGCCUGAGCCAAAAAUCUUGACAUUGACCUCCAGAAGCAGCUUCGACCUUACAUGCAAGACAUGGUGCCUCUUCCUGGCAUUUUUUGCUGCGAACCAAGUUGAAGGGCAAAAUAAUACUUUCAAAGACUCAGAAGCAAAAGGUGCAGUAAAUUCUUCAAUGAAUUAUGGUCUUUGGACUGCCUAGACAGAACGAUGCAACGAUGUUGUGGUGGCGCUGAAUGACAGAGAGACUCUGGCUGGCAUCUCUGGAAAGGGAUGAUUGCAUGAAUUCUAUUUUUUUUAACAGAUCUGCAACUUACUAGAAAUAUGCUUUUGCUUCACAAUAAAAUUAGAAUCACAUAUUGAAAUCUUUACAGAUAAUUCAAAAUUAGAACGAAUGUGCUUAAAAUUUAGCAUAAAACUUCGAACUUUUCAUGCAACCUCGUUCUGAUUUAAUAUAGGUUUGGGAAUGAAAUGUAAAGAAAAGAUUGACAAAAUGCAAUAUACGGGAAAUUAGAAGAGUAGGAAAGUGUUUAAUGAAGCUGUUAUUCCAUUCAUCUAAUGUGCAUACUUAGAUGAAAUGACUGAUCAGUUCAUCUGUUCAAUUUCUGGUCUAUAUAAAAAAUAGAUAAUACUAUUCUAUUACAUCUAAGAUUAUGUACAAUAAUGUUACAAUAUGUCCUUUGUUUUGUGGUGCCAAGCAUAUAAUUUCGAAGACUUAAAAAGACAACUUGCUAAUUGAAAAAUGCCCAAUUUUUUUGUGUCAGCCAGCAAUUGUUUUCUUUCGUUGAACUUUACUACCUCUUAUAGCUUUCAGUGGCUGAUGAAGCUUGUCGUUUAGAAUAAGGGUCGUUUGUUUUUGUUAGAUUUUUGUUGUUGCCUGUAAUGUAGCUAUUCUCUGACUUGCAUGAGAUUGAAUUCUUGGUCUAUGACUUGGUUGUAAUUAUUGUUUUAUCUUCCCAGACAAUCAGCUGUAUUUGUCAACUGUUAAUUAUUGUUCUAUUUUCUCAUAGCUUAAAUUUCUUUAAACUUCAGCAUGUUAGAAAGACAAGGUGCCCACAAGCAAUUUUUCAAUCUUUCGAUUUGUCUGCUGUCUACGGCUUUUAGUGGCUGUUGAAGCGUGUAAUCUGAUAAAGUGUGUUUUGUACUUAUUGUGUUGAUUCUGAUAGCUGCUAUGUAGCUGCACCCAUUCUUUCGUCUGCUUAUUGCAUAGUAACUGAUUUGGGGUAUGUGUACUGGCAUGUGGACAGGUACAACAUUCAAAUUAAGGUACACGAGUAAAUGAAUAAGAUUAUGGCCAUAUAGUAUAUUAAUAUAAUCACCAGAUGAUGUGUAUAUGGGUAUGUGGAUGCAGUCCUACUCCUUGAACAUAUUUGAACUUCCUUUUAACAAUUACCUUUUUUUGUUAUUAUUUAUAUUUUUGUGGUCGAUUUUUUUUCGACUCAAACUGUUUAGAAAGGGAGGCUGUUCACCUACAUUGCCUCUGUUAAUUGGCAUGAUGAAUGCAGAUGGUUUAUACAGAUGUUAGAGACUGCUGGAGGUUGUAGUUUGAUUAUCUUUGUUAUUUUCCACUUAUAUGCUGAUAAGUCUAUGUAUUUGUUGACUUAGUCGACUGACUUUGAUGAGUUUGAGUUUUGGUUAUGACAUGGUUGUACCCGUUUUUUAUAUCUUCCAGAACAAUUGUCAUUACUAGUUUACUGCUAUUACUCUGUUAUUAGUCUCUUUUAUUGUUUUUUUCUCCUAUUCAUGAAAAAGGUAAGGUGCACACAUCGUGAAAUUCAACUGUUUUCUUUCAUUGUUUUAAAAUCUAUAUGCUUCCCCAAAGCUGUCGGAUGGAUCUCAUAAUUUGAGAUUGGUAUUUCAUGGGUAUUCUGAUAGGGAUAAUUUAGUUGAUUUUGGAUUUAGAUGAGCUUGAAUGUAGGUUUAUGACCUGAUUGAAUUAAUUGCAUUUAUUUAUUAUUAUUUUUUAUAUAAGUUUUGUUGAUCAUGAAUGUAUGUCACAAAGACAAGAAUAUAUGUUACAAAGGCAAGAAUCAAUGCCAGAGGGAGUAGACUUCUGACCAAAACAAAGUCCUCCCCAGCUGAAGGCAGAAUAACAUAACAGAAAAGGCACAAGCAGAGAUGUCAUGCUAACUUAUGCAUGCUGAAGAGGCUGCAAAAGAAUGCCUUAGUUGGCCUUUCUAUCUUCAAGAUGUCAUCGCUUUAUUUUCUUUUGGCUGUCUCGAGCUUACACUUCUGAUAUAGGCUCUUUGGUAUUGCAUGCGUAUGCUGGUAGGGAUAAUAUAUUUGUUUUUCUGUUUAUAUGAGCUUGAAUUUCGCCGAUGACUUGAUAAUUAUCUUACUAAUUGUUUUUAUCCUCUAAAGCAAUUGUCAAUAUUAGAUAACUAUUGUUAUUGUUCUAUUUCCUGCGGUGCAAAUUGUUUUUAGCCCCUACUGGUCAGUGAUUUCCAGUUUUAUGAGUUGAUCUGCAACUUUUACUUUUAUUGAUCUUGUCUUGCACUUGUCUUGCAUUUACAGCUCUCAAUGGCUACCGCAAUUCACAAUUUAGAUGAACUGUCUUUGGUAUUUUUCAGAUCAUUGCUAAUAUAUACUAUGUGGCUUCUUUCUGACCAAUUUGAUUUGUUUAAUCAUCGACUGUGCUUUACAUUUUAGCAGUAGUUUUUCAAUAAAACUGUUUACUGUGAAUUAAUUUGUGUUUACCACUUUGUUCCGGUAGGAAUUUUAGCACCUCCUAUUGUUUAGGAAGGGCUCUUAGGGUGGGGUCCCAUGGGGGGCUUAAGCUCUACUUUUAAGGAAGAGGCGGUCCCAUGGAGUUAUUUUUUUCCAGCUACAGGAUUAAAUAGUAUCUUCCCCUAAAAAAUAGUAGCCCCUACUUUUUAGGGCUUCCAAUUUGAGCAGGUAAAAAUGGGGUGGGGCUGGAAUAAGCCCCACCAGCUUAAGAAACAUUUAUGUCACUUGUCAAUCAAAAUUUACUUCCCACCAAAAAACAAAUAAAUCCCGCCAAAAAAAAAUUUAGAGGGAAAUAGGAAAUUAUGUUCAUAUUUUCAUUAUACUCUGCAAACAGCGUAGAAGAAGACAACAACAAGCACAGGGCGACAAGCAAAGGUACCAUACAUUUUUGCAUCUUGCUUUUUGCUUAUUCAGUUGCUGCCAGAGUUUGUAAUUUUGAUGGCUAUAUCUAUACAUCUCUACAGCUUUUGUACAAGGUUGGGUGAAUUUUGCAUCUUCGUCAAUCAUAAAUUAUGCCAAAGAGUUGUAUGCUUUGAUGCAGUGGAUUUCAGAUAUCUGUGGCUCCUAUUGGGAAGAAAGGAAGCCAUCGUGUGUCCCUAUGUUGCAUGGAGUUGGUGCAUUUCUUUUGGUGUAUGCUUGAAUUAUUAUGAUGGCUCGUUUACAUUUAAUAAUUUUUAUGUGUUUGUGUAUGUGUUUUCUGAGAAGGAGUACUGAAGUUUGUUUCCAGGAUAACAUACUUAGGCUCUCUUAUCCACAAGAAUCAUACAUUUUGAUAGAUUGAACAACCUUAUAUUAGAACUGCAUUUGUAUUGUUUUUGGGGCACAUUUUUUUGCAAUCAUCUGCAUAGAGAAAUAUCCGAGCCAAGUGCCAGGACUCAGGAUCAAUCAAAUUGAUUAUUAGGAUGUAGACAAGAUUUAAUUAAAUCCUUUAAUCAGAUGUUUCCUUCAAUGUAGAGAAGAUUUAAUUUAUUAGCUGUAAAUCUAUGGCAUCUAAUUACUUGGUGUUUGAUCUCUGAAUUUGUCUGGUAUGGAUUAAAAUUUGAGGAUAUUGAGUUGUUGAACAGAUGAGAGAAAAAUGGCAAGCAAUCCGAGGAGUGAAAUAUCCUCUACUAGCUCAGAUGGAUCAAAUUUUCCCAGGAGGGGUACAUCAUUACAUGGAGAAAAUUUGCCCCUGUCAAAGGUUCUACCUUUGGUUUAACUGUCAAUAGGAGAUCAGACAUAUCAUUGUCAUCCAGAACUGAAAACCGUGACUAAUGCUGCAAUGGGAACUGUGACAGAGGAUCCAUCAUUGGGUCCAGUGCAGGCUAAACAUCUUUCUUCUCUUGGAGUAGAAGAGCUGAAGCAAGUAAGGAGUCGUGUCACUGAAAAUUCUCUCAAGUCGAGAGAGUGGAGAAUUUUUUUGAAUGAAUAUCCUAAACCAACGUUUUAGAAAAAGAGGUUUCGAAAAUUACGUGUUCCAAAUAAACGAGUUCACAUCUUCAUGAUGGACACACGAGUUCGUAUCAGAAAUCCCUCUCCAGAAGUGGAAGGGAACCCCAACAGUAUGCCUAAACCAUCUGCAACGAUAAAUGGGGAAAAAUAUAAUUUGAGGUCUGGAAAGCGUUCCGACAAUACGCUUAAACCAUCAGGAUAUACGUUGAGGUCUGGAAAGCCUGCAAAUCUGAAAACGCACAAGGAUUGGACCUUACCAGCUGGAAGUGAAAAUUGGGAAAAGGCAAAAUCGACAGGAAGACGUUCUGGUGUACAGCAAAGGCCCAACACUGAGAGCCACUUGAGUCCAAGUGAAAGCCAUGGCUUCAGGUCAAAUAUUCCCAACAAAAAUCAUGCCGCAAGCCCUACCAAAGGAAAGGGUUCUCGAGCAUUUGAUGAAACAUGUCCAAAUGUUUCGCUCACCUCCCCUACAUUUGAUAGCCGGCAACAGACUGGUGGCUCAAACAGUUGCAAGCAUUCAUUUUCAACUCCUGUCAUCCAUUGUGCUGAUUUGGAAGACAUGGGUUCUUGGUUGAAGUUUGAGGAUGAUAGCUUGCCAGAUAUUGACACUGGAAAUUAUUUGGGUCUUUCUGUACCAAUUGAUAAUCUAGAUGAUCUAGAUGAGAUUUUUUGUAAUCACAGGAUUUGCUCGCGUUGUAACAGAGUGUUUAAUUGUUGGCUUUGAUCUGUACAAGCGAGCUUUCCCCAGCAUCUAAGGUUAUGACAAGCAUUCCAUCCUGGUCGUUGCUUUCAAACAAAAAGGGGAGGCAGAGUAUUCUGUCACAAAUAAUUGUUGAUCAUGCUUUUUGAUAUGGCCAUCUCUUACAAUCUGCAUAACCUGCAUGCAUAAUCUUACAUUUUCUUCCUGAUUGGGGACCCCAGUCACUUUUGAAUCUCAAAUUCAAUGGUAGUACUCGUUUAGAAGCAUUCCACUUUAGAUUCUUCCAAUAGCAAAUCAUUUUUUGCUUUGUCUUAGUGUAUCUGUUAGGGCCAAACCAACCUUAAAAUUUCUAGCAUCCUUUAAGCAAAUGCUAUUUUGUAUUCAGUCAGGAAGCUUUCUUUCUAGACCCAACAAGCUUCCAAUUUACAGUUUGUUGAAACAUGACUUUACAGUUCAUGCACUUAUAUCCAAUUUCUA